CGGCGCGGUGAGGGCGGCGCGCCCGGGGCAGCACGGAGGCCCGAGGAUGCCGCUGCUCUACGUGAUCCUGCUCUCGGCUCUGGCCGGCUGCUGCCUCACGCUCCUGCUCCAGCUCCUGCUCGUCUACAGGAAGAAGCCCGAACCCCCCGGGGCGGACGGAGCCUGCGGCGGCAUCGUUUACUCCCGCGUGGCGGCCGAGCACGGCCUCAGGGAAUACCUGCAGGGCGCGGAGCCGGCCGGCGGCCCGGCGUCCGCGGAGCCGGCCCCCAGCCCGGCCCCGGCCUCUGCGCCCGCCGCCGCCCCGGGCGCCGAGCCCGGCCCCAAGCAGCAGCAGCCGCAGCAGCAGCCGGAGCCCCCUCCAGCCCCCUCCUCCCGCGAGGAGACGUGCCACUUCCUUAAUGCCAUCUUCCUCUUCCUCUUCAGGGAGCUCAGGGACACUGCCCUGGUCAGGGACUGGGUCAUCAAGAAGAUCAAGGUGGAGUUCGAGGAGCUGCUGCAGGCCAAGAUGACAGGGAAGGUGCUGGAGGGGCUCAGCCUCAGGGAGGUGUCUCUCGGCGAUGUCCUGCCCGUCUUCAAGUCCGUGAAGCUCAUCCGGCCGGUGGCCUGCAAUGAGGAGGGCUGUCCCGAGGAGCUGGGCUUUGAGGUAGACCUGGAGUACAACGGUGGCUUCCACCUGGCCAUCGAUGCCGACCUGGUGUUCGGCAAGUCGGCCUACCUCUUCGUGAAGAUCUCCCGGGUGAUGGGGAAGCUGAAGCUGGUCUACACGCGCCUGCCCUUCACGCACUGGUUCUUCUCGUUUAUGGACGACCCCGUGAUACUCUUUGAGGUGAAGUCUCAGUUUGAAGGGAGGCCCAUGCCUCAGCUCACUUCAAUCAUAGUGAACCAGUUCAAGAAAGUCAUUAAGCGCAAGCACACCUUGCCCAAUUAUAAAAUCAGAUUCAAGCCAUUUUUUCCAAUUCAAGUGUUGCCAUCUGAUGAAUAUGAAGAUCGAGACCUCUCUAUACAGGAUAUUCUGUUGACAGAAGGCCGACUGAAAGUCACAUUAAUUGAAUGUUCAAGGUUACUGAUGUUUGGAUCCUAUGACAGAGAAACAAAUGUUCAUUGCACAAUGGAGCUGAGCAGUAAUGUUUGGGAAGAAAAAUCAAGAAGUUCUAUCAAAACGGCUGAACUUGUGAAAGGGAAUCUGCAAAGCGUUGGGCUCACACUGCGCCUUGUGCAGUCCAAGGAGGAGGACGCAGGGCACGUUGUCAUUGAAACUGUGACUCCAAACUCACCUGCUGCAGCUGCUGAUCUACAGAGAGGAGACAGGCUGCUGGCAAUUGGCAGUGUUAAAAUAACAUCAACUGUCCAAGUGUUAAAGCUUAUUAGACAAGCUGGGGACAGAGUUUUAGUCUUUUAUGAAAGGCCUGUUGGAUAUAAUCAGCAUGGCUCAACACUGCAGGAUGGAUUUGGACAAUUGGAGGACACAGCUUUCUUGGCACAGGCAGAAGAUGAGCAGAACAGUUUAGCAGUUGAUACUGAUGUCAGAGAUUUUGAUUCAGAAUUUGAAGACUUAGCUUGUGAUGCACCUGACCAAAAAGAAGAUCUGCCAACAACUCCAAGUCCCAAACGAUCAGUAGUAAUUCUUGCUGCUGCUAAACCUCUUGGAACUAUAUCGCCCAUCCUGAACAGAAAACUGCAUUUAGGAAGUUAUCAGGCAGCAGCAAAAACGCAACAAAAAGAUGGUGCUAAAGUGGCAACACCUAAAACUGUUGAGGUUUCAGAUGCAUCACAGCCAUUGGGUAAACAGUCACAAGGAUCUAGUACUAAGCCUCCUGUGCCACCUAGGCCACAAAUUAAGCCUGUUUUGUCUACUAGUGAUAGCCAAAAUGCAUUAGAAACUGCAAAUGUGUGUUCUGAUAAACCAGAGAGGCCACCUCCACCCGCAAAUAAUGGAGAAAAAUCUACAGAGAAGAUAAUUAAAAUUAGUGAUCAGAUAGAAGACCCAGUAGUAGCAAAAGUAGCAACAGCACCGAAGCAAGAUACAUUAAAAGACGGACUUACGGAAAAUGCACGUAGCUGCAAAGAUAGCGAUGAUCAUCGAACAUGGGAGUCACCAGAAAUUCCUUACAAAAUCCGUCAGGGCCGAUGGCCAAUGACGAGAACAUCCUCCUGUCUAUUUGAAGUAGAAAAAUACCAUAAGUACCUUAAUGUUGCACUGUGGUGCAGAGACCCUUUCAAAGCAGGUGGUUUUAUCUGCUUAGGAUAUGCAAGCAUAAAACUUGAAGAAAUUGCUUUAAAUUGUCUAGCUACGUCCUCAAUGGAAUUUGUUAGAAAAUUUUCUCUGGGUGCUCCUACACCUAAAGCAGCAGUCACCAGAACAGCGUUGCGGAGUUUGACAACCCAUAAAGGUUUCAACGAAAAAUUUUGUUACGGUGAUGUAACUUUACAGUUCAAGUAUUUAAAAGAAGGUGAAAUUGAUGAUUCAAGUGUAUUUCUGGAGAAAGAGAGGGAGGGUCACUUAGAAGAAGAGGCUCGUGCCCUUCAAAAAGAGGAUCCUUGCUUGGGACAAGUUCUCACAGACAACAAGCAUAACUUUCAAGAUACUCAGUUUCAGAAUCCAACUUGGUGUGAUUACUGCAAAAAGAAAGUAUGGACUAAAGCAGCUUCGCAGUGCAUGUUCUGUGCUUACGUUUGCCAUAAAAAAUGUCAAGAGAAAUGUUUAACUGAGAUGCCCUUUUGUGUAGGAGCUGAAAAGCGGCUCGAUCGAACCGUGGGCAGCAGCAGAGCGGAGGGGCAGGAGGCUCCCACGGCCACGUCCUCUCGGGUUGAUUCCGAGGCCAAGUCUGUUAACAGAACUACAGGUCUGACCAGGCAUAUCAUCAACACGAGCACCCGCCUGCUGAACCUCCGGCAAGUGCCCAAAACCCGCCUGGCCGAGCAGGGGUCGGACGUGGCCGAGCCUUCGCCAAAGCACACCCCCAACACGUCUGACAACGAGAGCAGCGACACCGAGCUCAGCGGGCCCAGCAGCCCCUCCAAGCGGGCGGCGGGCACCGGCAUCAAGCUGGUCCGCAAGGAGGGCGGCCUCGAUGACAGCGUCUUCAUCGCCGUUAAGGAAAUCGGGCGUGAUCUCUACAGGAGCUUACCCACGGAGGAGCGUUUUCAGAAAUUGGAGUUUAUGUUGGAUAAGCUGCAGAAUGAAAUAGACCAAGAGCUGGAAAACAACAAUUCGCUGGUUAAAGAAGAAAAGGAGACGACCGACGCGAGGAAGAAAGCGCUGAUUUCUGCCGCGCUGGCUAAGUCGGGCGAGAGACUGCAAGCCCUCACGCUGCUGAUGAUCCACUACAGGGCAGGCAUUGAGGAUAUAGAGUCCCUGGAGAACAUGUUCUUUGAGAGGCAAUCCAAAAAAGUGACUAAAGAUUCCGAGGAGCCCAGUAUAGCAGAAGUGGAUAGCGAAGAUGGCAGUCUGACAGAGGCUCCAACAUUGAACAUCAUAUCAGAAGAACCGGUUGAUCCACCUCAAUCGGUAGACUGAUAUUUACAUAUUUAGUCUUUGAAGGAAUGGACUGAAAGAAUGCUUUGCACUCAACUCCAAACACACACAAAUUAAAUUAAAACACUGGUAUAAUGUGCGUGUCCUGCUUCUCCACAGUUAAUUGCUCAUAGUGGUUCUUCUCCAGCUAUGGCACCAUCAUUUUGUUAAACUAGCUGGUUAAAACUACACUUUGGGGUUUAUAUUGGAAAUUUAUUUUUAAUAACUUAUUUUUAUUUUUUCAAGUUUUGUAAUCUUACCAUUUCACAUCAAUGUGUGUGGUUUCUUUAAUGUGUUACUUGCCCCCACUUCCCUUCUCUGUUUUGUUUUUGGGUUUUUUUAGCUACUGUUUUCAAUGGGAAACAGGCAGGGUUUUCAAAAUGUUUAGUUUCCAUUGUAUGAUGAAAACAUAAGCUUGUUGCAUGCCUAAGCUGAUGACUGACACAGAAGUCACUGAGGGGCCAGGCUUUUAAGUGUUGAUCACAGUUUUAUUGUAUGUGUUCUAGGUAGUUGUGUAUUUUUUGCCAAACAUAUCAUGAAGGCAAACAAAAGGUCUUUCAUUUUGUCUGUUAAUACUUACUGAAGUUACCAUUGCAUAUCACUUGUUUUCCAUGUUUUUGUUGAAUACAAGAACUUUUUGUAGUUUUUAUUUAACACAAAAUAUGGUAAUGCUAUGCUAAAAAAAAAUCCUCUUUUGAACUUCAGACUAUUGUUAGAUAUCAAAGUAUAAACUGGUAUCUCAUAAUAAUUUAAUUGGGAAUAUUUUCAAGGUAAGAGGCUUGUUGCCUUCCAGAAUAAAAUCCUAUGUUUUUGAUGUUGUAUUAUCUGAUAGCCUGGUAAAGGAAAGUUGUUCUUCACAAGAGUUGGAGGUUUCAUUGCCUUCUGUGUAAAAGCAUGUAAUGACAAUGUAAGUAAUAUAAAGAAAUUGAUAUUUUGCUGCAGACUAUCAUUUUGGAAAGCUUAAGGUGCAAAAUGCAAAGUUACUAAUGUUGUCUCAACACUUUUGAGUAAUCAUAGAGCGGUAAGUUGCAUUCAGCUUCUCAGACAGAAGAUAGAGUCUGAGCAGAAGGAUCACCUUUGUCAGCAAAAUGUCUUAUAGUGUAUAUAACAUGUUUUAUUUGAGUCAACUUGUGAGUCCAGUAGAGAUGAGGAAGAAAUCCAGCCAGCUGCUUUUGAAAAGAACUGUCUGGUCUUGUGCUAUGUUUAAACUGUGGAUCUUAGCAUCACCUGGCUAAGGCCAUCGUUCUUAUUUAUUUCCUGUAGACACAUCCUUGUUUCAUCUUCUGUGUAUAGAAAUUUUGUGUAAAAUAUCAUCUUUAUUUUAGGUACUGUGCUAGGUACUCGUAUCAUUAUCACUGGUAUUGCUGGUAGUAAGAAGAAAAUGCCUUUGUGGGAGUGGAGUUUGAGAUGGUAAAAAAAACUCCUUUAGUUUUUGAGGUAAUCUGUAAUGUACCUCUCCUUUAAAUUUGCUUCUUGGUUUACUUGGUUUUCUUGGGCAAAACUAAGAAGCAGUGAUUUUCACCAUGGAACAGCGUGCUUGUGCUUCUAAACAGAAUGGUUACUGCCAGUCAUGCAACUACUUGCACUUUUUUGUGAGUUCUGGGCAGUUGAUACUACUUAGUUGAUGUAUGGAAAACACUAUCCAUGCUAAAACAGGCAUGUGACACACUUCUGAAAUUAAGCUUCAGCAAAUAAUCGCACAAAAUUAGCUUCCCUUCUUGUCUAAAAGUUAUUUAACCUAUACUUGCUUGAGAUGCAUAUUAAGACUUCCCCACUCCAUCUUCUCAGUGGCUUACCAUUGGUGGUGAUCUGCAUUCAAUCCCAUCAGUGUUUGCUCUUACAGACUACUUACAGAGGUUUUCAAAUAUAUCCAAGCGCUUCAUUUAAGCCCUGGUGCACAUGAAGGAGCUGUGAAAACAAUGCAAAUACUGAUUUCAAAAACACAUUCAUGGUUUUCAAUUGACUCGUGUAACACAGUGGGUAAGAAAAGCUGGAUAUCGUUUUCCUCGCAUAGUUGCUAAUGAUGAUGAUUGUAAGAGGUAAAUUAAAUGUAGUGCAAUAUUUUUAAAUAUACUGAAUGGAAAAAGGGCAAAAUAGUGGUAUUUUAUUGAUAAGAAGGAAAACAUGAAUUCCUAUCUGGCAUUAUUUACAAUAAGCAGUGAAUCUCGAGGGGGAAAUUGUAAUAGUACAUUCCUGAUGUAAUCUUUGCUUCAUGCUUGACUGUAAAUAGCUGAAAAUAAAGAAUACCAGAGAAAACAAGAAUAUCUUGACUUAAUGAUAUCUGAAUAGGUGGCAGCUACACACAUUUGCAGAAGACCUGCCUAAUAUGAUUUUGUUGGCUAUUAUUUUAUCAUGAGAAUAAGCUUUAAUAAAAUAGUUUUGCUAAAUUAUCAACUUUCUUGCAUUGCGUCAAUGUUCUUUAAAUGCUUCUAUUGCAGUAGCUUAUCAUCUAAUGCCACCACUUAAAGGAAUAAUCUUCAGGGGAACAACACAUUUUGCAUUAUAUAAAACCACUGAUAACUGGAUUAAUUGGGCUGAGAAAUUUGAAAUAAAGCAUCUGUGUAAGUUUACACUUGCAGAGGAGAAAUAAGUAGUGGGAGCAAAUUAAUAAAGUGUCUUUAUCACAAUUGACUUGACACAGAUCAAAAUCUACAAAAUAGGAAAAAUUCACUUUUUUUUC